GUUCAUUUCAUUAUUACAUUUUGAGGCUGACUUUUCUUGGAGGGUAAUAUUUUCAGUGGUGCUGUUUUCAGAUGCUUUUGCUAUCUGAACUUUGAAAGCUGCCAAUGCUCAAUUAUGCUUCUUAGUAGAAAGUUGGGGUUAUUUAAUAUUUUAGAUUCUGAGGAAUUUUUUUGUUGAACAACUGUCUGUUUGUUCGGAGGGUUUGAUUCCUUGCAGCAGUUUCCUUUUUUGUUCUCUUUUUCUUUCUUUUUUUUUUCUGAACCUUGUGCUACCCCAAAUCUUUUGACUGAUCCUGUACGUAUACUUUUCUUCCCUUUCUUGUAUUUUAACCAAUGUAUGUUACCAAAAGACUAAAAAGUCCAACUUGUAACCUGUGGGAGCAUGUACAUGAAUGUCAUUCUGAUCGGUCAAUGAAUUUGGGAGAUCCCUUAUCCUUUAACACUUUGCCAUCAUAUUUUGUGGACAAUCCAAAGAAACUGGGUGGUAAUCAUCGCCAAUCGGCGAGAUGAGGCGACAAAGAGUUAACUGACUUCUUUUGGCUUCAUUUUCAUUUCCUUGAUAAUUAAUUUUCUGUCCUCUCUUAUUUCAUUGUAUCUCAUUUUAUCUGUUUCUUGUUCACAUUUUCUUUUAAGACUUUGAUUAGAUUUUUAAUAAUUGUUCCUGUUCCCAUCAUUUAAAACUGUCCAGUUCCGAAUGAUGGUCAAGUUUGUCACCCUUUUUGUGCCAAAGUAUGGAUUGCUGGGAAAAUGUUUUCUAUUGUAGUGUAUGUAUUGUUCUAGAGUAAGUUUUAUUUAAGUUUAGAACGAAUAUUGAUAAAGCCAGACUAGUGUUAGUCCCUUAUGGAGAAGAUGAAGACCACGGAUCUUGAACAAUUGAGACAUGAAGCCACGAGCAAUGUCCCCCUGUCAGGAUCUGGGAACUCGGCUUCCAACGCCAGCGGGGGGAACAGCCCCAACGGAGACUUUGUCCCCAAGUCCAUGAGUCUAUCAGCUCAGAGCAAAAUCGAGAGCAUCCGGGAGUGGAGCGUGAACACCUUCAAGACGACCAAACAGUUCAUCUCGGAGCGGUUCGGCAAAGGUUCCCGCACCGUCGACUUGGAGAUGGAGGCGAGCAUCGAGUCUCUCCGCGACACCCAGAAGAAAUAUGCAAACAUCCUGCGGCUGGCCCGCGCCAUGGCCUCGCACUUCUCCAACGUGGUGCACACGCAGCGCGCGCUGGGCGAGAGCUUCUCCGAGCUGGCCCAGAAGUCGCCCGAGCUGCAGGAGGAGUUUGUCUACAACUGCGAGACGCAGAGGACGCUGGUCAAGAACGGGGAGAUUCUGCUGGGCGCUUUGAAUUUUUUCAUCUCAUCUGUAAACACGUUGUGUCAUAAAACGAUGGAAGAUUCCCUGUUGACCGUGAGGCAGUAUGAAAGUGCCAGAUUGGAAUACGACGCUUACAGAGUGGACUUUGAGACCGUUCAGAGCGGCCCGCGGGAAGCAGCUACGCAAGCCAGACUGCAAGACUCUCAGAAGAAGUUUGCCGACCACAAGCAGAAGUUUGAACGGCUGAGGGGAGAUGUCCAGAUCAAGCUCAAGUUUUUGGAAGAAAACAAAGUGAAGGUGAUGCAUAAGCAGCUGCUCCUGUUCCACAACGCCAUCUCGGCGUACUUCAGCGGCAACGCCACGGCCCUCGAGGCCACACUCAAGCAGUUCAACAUCCAGCUCAAGCGGCCCAACGCCGAGAAACCGUCGUGGAUCGAGUCGUGAAUGGAAGCGCCGGCCGACCGUGGAAACUGCUUUUCUAUAUUCUAUAUUUGUUUCUUUUCCUCUGGGAGUCAGGGCUUAAAUUUGACCCAUAUAGAUAGAUAUAUAUAGUAUGUGGAUACGCCUUCUUUCCCCGUCUGAAAUUUUCUUUUAUGGAGCGUGUGAACUGUUACUUUCACUGUUGAAGAUUAUUUUUUUAUUUUGUUUCCGCGGUCUGCCAUAGUUGUUACAUUAGAGCAAAUAUUUUUUUUCAAAGGGGGGGGACUUCAAAAGAAUAUAUAGAAAAAGACCCAGAAAAGUUUCAUAAAAUGAAGAUGGAAUACAGCUUUGUUAAUUUGAAGCGUCUUGGAAGUGGAGAUUUUGUUUUCAAAUGACUGUUUUUUGUCAUAUUGCGUGAACCGUUUUCUGCUAACCUUUUGGGAUGCCGCUCACAUGACCUUAUGCAGUUGCGAACACUGUAAAACCUUACUAAAAGCUGAAACUAACCUUUUGGUAUAAAUUCCGAUGCUCUGAACUGGAAAGUUUUGAAGAUGGCGGUGGAUUAUUUUUAUAAGGGAAAGAUUAGUUUGGUAUGUGUCAUUCUUUUUCACUGACAGUGAACACAAAGUCUGUAACAUGGCAAGUAUAUGCUGUACCUUUGAUAGCCUCAAUGAAAGAAAUUUAGUUCUUGGGUUGGCAGUUUUCUUAUGACUUACUUUCCAAAACAUUUGUUUUUCUCUCUCUCUGUCUGUCUGUCUCUCUCUCUCUCUCUCUCUCUCUCCCUCUCUCUCUCUCUCUCUCUCCUCUCUCUCUCUCUCUCUCUCUCUCUCUCUCUCUCGUUAAAUUUAAGUCCUGAUUCUCUCUCAUCCGUUUCUUAGAAUUCUUUCUCAUACUUGUGUGUGUAUGCAAUACCAACCGUCGGGUGCUCGGCUGAUGAAGUCGAGAAAAUUUUGUGGAGCACGUCUCUCCCAAUAGUUGGACACUUGGUGGACAACGUGUGAGUGAAGUUGAGCAAAAAAAGGUUUGUCUGUGCGAGGUAAAUAUCUCAUUUUGUACAUUAUCAUAUUUUCCCCGAAAGUGGAAGAGGAGGUGAUGGUGCAGAUCAGAGAUGUUUUGCUUUUUUUUUUUUUUUGUAAGACGUCUCUGAAUAUGCCAGUGUUUUUCACACUAUCAAAAGAGACGGAGCUGAAGAGUGAGGCUGAGAGAUGAUGCAUUUUUUUCUUUUCCUCUCUAUAUUAUGUGUAUGCAAAAUUAUUUUUGUCUGUGAAGCGAGUUUUGGAGGAUUUUUUCCUUUCAAGCUAGCAAUCUGUUUAUUUUUCUCUGUGUUGGUGUUGCCGGGGCUGGUGUGUGUGAAGGUUUGAGAGGAGAAAAUGUCGCGUGAGAAACCACAGAUAGCAUUUAGAGUUUGGAGAACGGGAGGAGCCUUUAUGGUUGCGGAUUUUGAGGAGAUCUUGAUGAAAUGUGGCCGACAAUCUAUGAAAAGGAGACGGUGCUCUCAGACCCAGCACCCGAAGCUUGAAGAGGUUCUAGUUUAGAAGUACUCAAAGUCUGAUUGGCACUUUAAUAAUUUAUUUCAUGUUUAUCCAAUUUUUUCAAUGUUUGCCUGUUUCUCACACCGAGUUCCUCUAGACGAUGCCAAGGCCGAGUUGCCUGCUAUCCUUCAUUCCAAGCUCGUUUUUAACUCAGUAGUGGGCCUGAGAUGAAGCCAAUCUUUUCCUUUCAGAAUUGCUUGAACUUGGUCGUAUUGUGUUGGUGAGUCAGGUGGAAGUGAGAACAGUUCCUGGCAGAAUAGUGAAGUGACAGUGUCAAUACAAAUGGAAGAGAGAUCUAAGUAUGGAAUAUGGCUGAAAGAAUUUCCUGUCGUCAGAAUUUUUUACUUUGAUACGACAUUGUUGUAGUGAACCAUUCUCCAACUUGCGGAUGUGUCUUGAGAAAAUGUGUCCAGUCUCCUUCCUCUUGAUUGAAAGCGAAAAACAAUUGUGAAGCGUGCUGACAAAAUGAGUUACUUCUCGGAUUCAAGCCUUAAGGAAAUAGAUAGCAUACAUCACGCUUAUAUGUGAAGUUUUCCAAAUCCAUAAGUGUGACAGGAUAAAAGACAGGCUAUAGUUAAAGAAUCUGGCAUCAAUAGAAAAUCUACCAGUUUGAUCCUAAUGUCGAUUUUUGGCCGAUUUUAUAUAUCCGUUUGUGGAUUGCAAGAUGUAACUCAUUUUGUCAGCACGCCUCACAGUUCUAUCCUCGGCUUGUUAUGGAGGUUCGACAGCGUGUGACUGGUUCAUUCAAUGAAUUGUACGUCAAAUUGUUCGGGGAUUUCAAUGUGGUUUUCUACUCAUUCUGGUUAUGGUCUCAAUUAUCCCUCCCCCCGCCCCCCUCUCCCCGAAACCACCCCCCAAUGGACUACUGUUUUUGUAGUCUUCAUGUGUUGGGACCACCUUGUGUGUGUAUAUAUAUCUGUUAUAUCUAAAUGCUUUUCUUCUUUGUAUGAAGUGUUCCAUUCAAAUUAGUCAUGAUUCCUAUGGAAACGAUUUGCUUCUUUGUAUGUGUUAAUUUGUGUUACAUUGUUGUUGUUGGGGGGGUUGUGGGUUUUGAUUUUCUUUUAUCCUUUCUUCUUCUUCUUCUUUUUUUUUGUUGUAAAUUUUUGUUUGUUUUUUUUGUAUUAGUACCAACUUUUGUUUGACAAACAUGGGAUGCAUUUCUGUAUGAAGCCGCUCCAACAAGUGGAAGCUCACAUCACGUGUAGUUUUGUGGUUUGCCUCUCUUGUUGCUUGUUGGCAGAUGUCCCCUGGCUGACCUGUCGGCUGUCCCUCUUGUUCUAGCCAGGCUUAGUUCUUAGGCGGAGGGCUGGACUUCGGAUUUAGUAGAAUGAAUAGACAAAAAAAAACAUAAAUAAAAAUAAGAACAACCAACUACGCACUCAGCAAAAUCUGUGGUGUACGUAUAAAUUCAAAA